AUGCGAUCUUGGUCAACGCUGCCGUUUGUUCUGACGGCUCUGCUCGCGGCUGCGCCGACGGCGAUCGCUCGGAGUAACUACACCCGCGCAGAGGUGGUUCAGCCGCUGUACUCGACUUUCGACGAUCGGCCGGCUGAGUGUCCGCCGUGCUUCAAUUGCCAGCUGGACGCUUUCCAAUGUGCUCAAUUUUCUCAGUGUAACAAAUACAAUGGGAAGUGUACGUGUCCACCGGGCUUCGGCGGCGAUGAUUGCUCGGAGCCGCUGUGCGGCUCCCUGGCAGAUGGAGGCAACCGAGCGCCGCGGAAGGGAAAAUACUGCGACUGUGAAGAGGGGUGGGGUGGAAUCAACUGCAAUGUCUGCCAGACGGAUAAUGCUUGCAAUGCCAUGAUGCCGGAAGGCGAAGGCGGCGUUUGCUACAAGCAGGGCGUCACCGUCAAGGAGAACUUCCAGAUGUGCGAUGUGACCAACAAGAUGAUUCUGAAGGAGUUGAAGGAUCGCAAGCCACAGGUGACCUUUUCCUGCGAAGACGAUGACCACACGUGUAACUUUCAGUUCUGGGUCGACCAGCGAGAAUCGUUUUACUGUGCGCUGGAUACGUGCGACUGGUCGCUGGAGGCCGAUUAUGACCACAACGCCACACGUUAUAACUGUGAUAAGAUCCAGUGCAAAUGCAUUCCAGGGCGGUUCCUGUGCGGCGAAGACGGCUCAAUUGACAUUGGCGUAUUUCUGGAGCAGUCGAUCCAAGGUCCGGCAAGCUUCUCGACGCUCUCGACCCUUGGUGGAAGCAGUCGGGAUGGUAGCAGGUUUAUGGAACCCGCAAUGGACGAUUUGAUCAAGCAGGUUUUCGGAGACAGCAGUAUCACGUUGGACUGCUACUCUGGAGAGUGUUUGUACAAGACCGAUGUACCAGGAUACGAACGCCCGGUGAAGAAGAUCAACACCCCACUGAUUGCCGGUGUGAUCGCUGGCUGUGCACUCUUCAUCGUCGCCGUCAUUCUGUCCAUCUGGUACCUCUCUCGCCGCGCGGCGUAUCAGGGUUACAUCCAUUUGCCCCUCUCAGAUGACUCUGACGAUGAGGCUGCCAGACUCUUGGAGGAGCAGAGGCCAGCCGCUUUGCACUUCACCAACGUGUCGUAUUACCUAAACGGCAGGGAAAUCCUCUCUGACAUCCAGGGUGCCGCCCAACCGGGCCAGAUUACGGCCAUCAUGGGUGCGUCCGGUGCUGGAAAGACAUCUUUCCUGGAUAUUCUUGCGCGCAAGAACAAGCGAGGCGCUGUUCGGGGAAAUUUUUACGUCAACGGUGAAAAGAUCAGCGACCAUGACUUUAAGAACUUGAUCGGUUUUGUCGACCAGGAAGAUACCAUGCUUCCUACCUUGACAGUUCACGAGACCAUCUUGACCAGUGCCUUACUGCGACUCCCAAGGGAUAUGAGCCGUGCCGCCAAGGAGCAGAAAGUCUUGGAGGUGGAGAAGCAGCUCGGCAUCUAUCACAUCAAGGAUCAACUCAUCGGUUCCGAAGAAGGUAAAGGACGUGGUAUCUCUGGCGGAGAGAAACGUCGGGUCGGAAUUGCCUGCGAGCUUGUAACAAGCCCUAGCAUUCUCUUCUUGGACGAGCCGACUAGCGGAUUGGAUGCUUUCAAUGCCUUCAACGUAGUGGAGUGUCUGGUCACCUUGGCCAAGACGUACAACCGGACCGUUAUUUUCACCAUCCAUCAGCCGCGUUCCAACAUUGUUGCCCUCUUUGACCGUCUCAUCCUUUUGGCUCAAGGCCAAACCGUCUACUCUGGCCCCCUCUCCAGCUGUCAAUCUUACUUUGACCACUUGGGAUACUCCUGCCCUCCUGGGUUCAACAUCGCCGACUACCUUGUGGAUCUAACCAUGCAUGCCAGCAGGGCCCGAUCAUACAUGGGAGAGGACUCCUCUCUCCUUGAUGUCGAUCCCCCAAAGACCUCAUCGAGUAGCCUGCAAGCCGUCAAAUCCAUUGCAAGUGCAUCGAUUGCCAGCCUGGGAGACCUUCCCACCCCAGCUGCUGAGCCAUUUUCACGGCCCAAGAACAAGAGACGGGUCUCACUAAAGCAGCGGCAAGACAGGCAACUGUACUCCAGAAGAAAGGACUACGAGACGUCUUUGACCCCCAGGACCGACGAGGAGGAUGUUGGGCUCAUUGCGCCCGCGGAGAAUUCCCAGCAAUGGCUUCGGCUCUCGCGGCAAGACGGCGGCGCAGUUCCGCCCCAGAUCCUGGAUGAUCCAGACCAGCUCCCACCGAUUGCUCCCAGCAUCCAGACGGAUCUCGACAUUCUCGUCUCUCAGUAUCACGCCUCUGACGUCGCUCGCUCGGUCCAGGAUGAGAUCUCCGCUGCGGUGCGCAAGGCGCAGGAGGCCAACGGCUCACCGAACGGCGAAGUCAUGUCUGGCUCGUCACUUGUCCAGCAAAAAAGCUACGCACGAGUCGGAUACCUCCGGCAGUUCAUUAUUCUCUCCCAACGGACCUGGCGCAACUUGUAUCGCAAUCCGAUGCUCAUGCUCACCCACUACGCCAUCUCGAUUCUUCUUGCCGUCUUGUGCGGCUACCUGUUCUACGGGCUGACGGACGACAUCAAGGGCUUCCAGAAUCGACUUGGUCUUUUCUUCUUCAUCCUCGCCCUGUUCGGGUUCAGCACGCUGACCAGUCUGACUGUCUUCUCAACCGAGCGGCUCCUGUUUGUGCGAGAACGCGCCAAUGGCUACUACCACCCCAUCACCUAUUUCGCUGCUAAGGUCGCUUUCGAUGUGAUCCCGUUACGGUUGAUCCCACCUAUCAUCAUGGGGACGAUCGUCUACCCGAUGACCGGACUGACCCCCGCGUGGCCGUGGUUCUUACGGUUCAUCCUGAUCCUCGUCCUUUUCAAUCUUGCUGCCGCAAACAUCUGUCUCUUCAUCGGCAUUGUCUUCCGGGAUGCCGGGGUGGCCAAUCUGAUUGGCAGCCUUGUCAUGCUGUUCAGUCUGCUGUUCGCCGGUCUCCUUCUCAACCACGAUGCGAUUCCCCAGUCUGCUCUCUGGCUGCAAACGUACAUCCAGCUCUCAAUCUUCCAUUAUGGUUUUGAGGCUCUCAUCGUCAACGAGGUCACCUAUCUGACCCUGAUCGAUCAUAAAUAUGGCUUGGAUAUCGAAGUACCGGGUGCAUCAAUCCUCAGUGCCUUUGGUUUCGAUACGCUGGCUCUGUGGAAUGAUGUCGCCGGGCUUGCCAUCAUCUCGGGGGCUUUCAUUGUGAUUGCCUACGGGGCUAUGCAUAUCCUUCUCGUGGAGAAGAGGUAAUGUGUCAUGACUAUCCUUGGGCGUGUUCCAUUGUUUUUUUUUUUUUUUUUUUUUUUUUUUU